CGCGAGGCGUGCGGCUCCGGGAGCGCGCGCGACGCCGGCCGCCUCGCUCGGGCCCAGGUCACCGCCCGCGUCCGUAGCCGAGGCUGCCGCUGCGGCCGCCGUCGAGGGCGUGGUGGCUCCGGGCGGUGGGGAUCCGUCCACCGCGGGCCGCGCUCGUUGCCCCCGGGGCCGUCCCCUUGAGCGCACAGCAGUAAGUGUCUGGCAGACAUCCUAGAACUUUACCCACAGAGAAGAUGCUCCGAGACAGCGUGAAAUCUUGGAAUGACAGCCAGUCAGACGUCUGUAGCAGCGACCAGGAGGAGGAGGAAGAGAUGGUCUUCGGGGAAAAUGAAGACGAUUUGGAAGAGAUGAUGGACCUAAGCGAUCUGCCCACUUCACUUUUCGCUUGCAGCGUCCACGAAGCGGUGUUUGAGGUGCAGGAGCAGAAGGAGAGGUUCGAAGCUCUGUUCACCUUCUAUGAUGAGCAGGUCACAUUCCAGUUGUUCAAGAGCUUUCGCAGAGUGAGGAUCAACUUCAGCAAGCCGGAGGCUGCGGCGAGAGCACGGAUAGAGCUCCACGAGAGCGAGUUCCAUGGCCGGAAGCUGAAGCUGUACUUCGCGCAGGUGCAGGUGUCCGGGGAGGCUCGGGACAAGUCCUACUUGCUGCCACCACAGCCCACCAAGCAGUUCCUCAUCUCCCCUCCAGCCUCCCCGCCAGUGGGCUGGAGGCAGAGCGAAGAUGCAGUGCCGGUGAUCAACUACGACUUGCUCUGCGCCGUCUCCAAGCUGGGGCCAGGGGAGAAGUACGAACUACACGCAGGAACCGAGUCCACCCCCAGCGUGGUGGUGCACGUCUGCGAAAGCGAAACUGAAGAAGAAGAAGACACGAAAAACCCAAAGCAGAAGAUCACACAGACGCGGCGCCCGGAAGCCCCCACGGCCGCACUGAGUGAGCGGCUGGACUGCUCGCCCUGAGCCAGCCUCGGCUCCGCGCCUCCCGGCACGCCUGCCGACCCACUCCGCGGCGCAGCCCGGCAAUGCCCUGCACCCAUCCAGCAGCUGGAUACCCCCGCCAGGCCGGAACGUGGGGUGAAGUAGCAGAUUCGGCCAGUUGUUUGACAUUUUGAACAAUGUUCUAAGUGGCACUUUAAGUGACAAGGUUAGCCCCCACCACGUGGCACCUGUCUCCUCCCUGAGAAACAUUAGUUCCCUUGAACCCUGAAAACAUUGGGUACCAAAGGGCAGAGCUAGAGUCACCUGGUGCACUCCAAUUUUUACAGGUUUAAAAACCAGUCAAUUUCAGUAAUUCGGUGUGGGUAUUUUAGUACUGCUGUGGCAGUGUCUAACAAAUAUGUUGAGCGAAGGCUGAAUGUCAUUAUUCAGUAUACAGGAAAAUUUUUUUUUUUUUUUUUGCACAAAAAGAAACCUGAAAUAGAAAAUCGUGUAGAAGUCAUUUUUCUUAAGUAUUUUUUCACCAGCCUUGGGAUGCAAUGCCAAAUGAAUGAGAUUAUCAGAUCCAGACGGCCCCGGGCGGACUCGCUGCCCAUCUUACUUGGCUAUUCACAGAACCCUGCUCUCAGGGCAGCCCCUGCAGCCUGGGCUGUGCCGAGGAACCGGGCCUGGGCAGGGGUGUGUCACCGGGAGCUGGCUGAUGGCUUGAUGCAGGUACCUGUGGAGCAGCAGCGCCUCUGGUGAUCUCUCGACCAUCCUGCUGCCACCUUGCUGCUGCUUGAGUUUCCCUGUGCUGUGUGUGUACUCGUGGCUGUUAGCCACGAUCUUAAAUUUUAGCAAAUGAUGAUAAGACCUUCUGAAGACCACUGUCAACUGGGGAGGGUUGUCUCACUUUUGCUCGCUUUGAAGACAGGGUUUCACGUUGUGGCUAGCUGGCCUCAAAUCCUCUGUGAUCCAGCCUCAGCCUCCCAAGUGCUGGAAUUACAGGGGGGAGCACCAUGUACUCCGUAUUUCCAUUCCAGUAUUUCAGCUGUGUGGAAAGAAAAAAAUCACCUGCGCCCUUCCCCCCAGACCCCAUGGACUAAGGGAAGGAAUCAUACUUUUUUUUUUUUUCUUUUUGAGGAGGGGUGUGUUGGGUGUUUUGUUUCUUUUUUUAUGCCUGUUUGUUCUUUACUUUUGGGUUUUUUUUGGAUUUUUUUGAGAUAAGGUUUCACUCUAUGUAGCUCAGGCUAGCCUGAGACUCACUAGGUAGCCCAAGCUGUCCUUGAGCCUGAGAUGGCUCUCCUUCCCCAGCCUCUUGAGUGUUGGGAUUGCAGGCAUGAGUCACUGCAUUGCAGUUCAUACUUCCCUUUUUAAUGAAACUUUCCACCUCGACUUGCAGUUGACGUUCAGAUAGAAUUGCUUCUCAGACUUGAAGAUGUGUUGUUUGAACCUCCUAGGCCCCUACAGCCUCACUAGCGUGCUGAGACUGCAGUCCCUCUUGCAGAAGGCUCUUCUGCCCACAGGUGCGUCAGCUGGCCCCACUCGUUGCACCGUUUUCUCGAAUGGCAAGUAUUCAGAGCUGGCUGGUAUGGACACAAGCUGAGACAGGAACGGCACAGCCACUGCAGAGAAAGGAAAGAGGAGAAAUUGAAGCUGUGUGUAACCAGUGUUUGCCACCUUGUGGGCGGUCCUCCUCACUUCCACCCUUUUUCUUCCACCCUGUCAACCCCCUAACACUAGAUAGAAGAGAAAAAAGGAUAGAGAUGAAAGGAAAGAGAUCCCUGAAUAAAAUCAGGGACCGGAAAGGGGCAACAUCAUGCUUAGACCACUUCCUGCUGAUUAGGGACAUCAAGCUCCUUGGGGCAAGUGUGAUCUUCACAGUCAGGAUAUCUAAUUUCUUCUUGUUUCUUCUUUGCACAUGACUACUUAACAAACCAUGACCAACAACAACCAACAACCCCCCCUCCCGAAUGACCAACAACAACAACCUAGCAUUUAUAAACCCUCUGAAAAGUCCCCAGAAUUCCAAACAUCACACAACCACAGAAACUAUUUGCAGCUGGCAGAACCACGCCUCUGCUAGAGCACGAGGCAAAUCAUAGUCAGCUGCUGUAAAUCAGACCCAUAUCCCCAACACCUGGGAUUGCGAUUCUACUCACCCUGGUUUAUUGGAUCGAAAUCAUCGAUUGCCAGGUUAACUGCCAGACAUUCCAUAAAGUAAUUAUGCGCGUAUUUUGUUUUGUUUGGAGGUAAUAUCUCACUGUGUUGCCCAGGUUGGUCUCAAUCUCCAGGCCUCAGUGGAUCCCACAAUUGAUUGGACGCAGGCAUAGGCACCUGCACCCAACUCUACUUUGCCGUUCUGAGAUUAGCGGUUUUCGUCUUUUGAUUGCAGAAUAGACCCAGCAAGUAUAUUUUCAACAGCUGGGAAGUUUCUGUGUUUUCCCCAUUAUGCAAUACAUAUUCCCUCUAAUUUUCUAAUAUCAGAACCCAAUUUUUAAAUGUCUUGGCUUUCAUUUCUACCUGCCAAUUACAGAAUGUUUAUAUACUUUUUUAAGUCAAAAAGUACGAAUUACUCAACUCGGUAAAAUUUUUUGAGAGUAUUAAAUUAUGUCUAUGUAUAGUGGACAGCAAAGACAAGGGAGGUCAUUUAAAUGUUCCUGGAUAGCAGAUAUUUUUCCCCCUUUUUCUGGUAUAAUGUUUCCAUAAGGCAAAUUCUAGAAGAAGGAAAAAAUAUCCAUCUACCUUUAAUGAAAUCGAUCAGACUCUCCAGGUCUCUGUUUUUAAGCUAUUUUUUAUACCCAGUUCACAUAGCCAUUUUGUAACAAAGGAGUCUCUUUUGUUUGUGAAAAGGUCUCAGCCCAGGCUGAUCUGAAUUCGCUGUGUGGCCCAGGAUGGUCUUGGAUUCCUGAUUCUAUGGCAUCUGUCUCCAAAGUCCCAGGAUGACAGAUGUGUAUGUACCACAGCACAUAGCUAACUCUUCCCCUGGUUCCUCCCAGUCAUGAGCAUUUCCACCUCCCCUUACACCUCCUGUGGCUCCUCUCCAGUCAUGUGACACUUUUCUUCCUUCCCUGAUUCCUCCCCUGGCUCCUCGAUAGUCUCCACCUCCUCCCUAGUCAUGUGACACUCCAGCUCAUUUCUUGACUUCUCCCCAGUCCUAUCUCUGGCUCUGCCCCUGGCUCCUCCAUGAUGUAAGUUCCAAGGAGACAAUGAGCCCUUUGAGAGGACACAGUCCAGAGCACCGGGGUUCUUGCAUGAUUUGGGGGUCCUGAAAUUCAUCCCCAAAGGCACUGAGAUGCAGUGAUAUUUCAGCUGGAGGUUGUAAGACUUAGAACACAGAAUCCAGUAGGUGGUGACAAGUGAACAUGGUCAUUUUUCUCCUCCCUCUUUUCCUCAGUACAUCUGUCUGUGUGUGAUUGCACAGGCUUGUACUCUCAGCCCGCAGGAGGCUGAGGCAGAAGAAUUGCCUGAGAUACAUGAGUAAAACCCUCUCUUAGUGUGACAGUACAGAGGAACAGAAGCCCUUGGGAAAUACUUGCUUCUAGCCAAGAAGUCCGUGUUCUAGUCUCAUUCUCCACAAAGUUAAGAACAUGGAAAGAGGAAGGUGUGUGACCAACCACCUGACAAGUGAGCAAAGUGACCCCUCAGUCAGGAUUACCAAGUGUAGCCAGCGUGCUGGCAUGUGUCUGUCAUCCCAGCCCUUGUGAGGCAGACGCACAAGAACCGUUGUAAGUAAGGCAACAACAAAGGGGUUUCUGGGUGUCCACACAGCCCCGCAGCAGGUAAUAGCCACUGUGGGCUUUCUGGCCAGGGCCGGGAACGUGUAUUCCUCGUAAGGGUCUAGUCAGGGGUGAGAAGUGGCCUCAGAUAGACAGCAUGCAGAGACCUCACUGGGGUUCAUGCUUUCUCUUGGAAACCUGUAAUUCUUGAAGUGGGUCCCAUGACCCUUGGAGGCCCCACCUGGCCUUGACUGCACGUGCAUUCUUGUCAUAUGGAGGAUUUCUUUUCUAUCUAUGCAGAUACUUCCUGUUUUCUGUAUUGUUUCCUGGUGGUGUCUAAUCUUCCUAAGUCAGACUGAGGACUAAGGAGAGACCACAGGUGUCAGUCUGUGAAGUAUGACUGUGCCAUACCCUCCGCUCCCAGCCCUGGAGUCUUUAUUCCUGACACUGUGCACCGUUUGUGUCUUUGACGUGUGAGAAGGCGUUCACAGCCAUUGCACUUUGAUCUUCAUAACUGAACCUGCCACUGGAUUUAGUCUCGAGUCUGGACAAGUCUGCAGCCUCCCUGGCCCCCUGCACUGUAGCGAACCCUCGCUGCAUUUGUGAAAACCGGUCAGUGAUUUUUGUCUGUGUAUCCCGUUUCUUAGUGUGCUUGACUUGAUGGACCAUAGUUCAUUAUCAGCUUCCACUGUCCUGUGUUCUAAGGAUCUCUUAAACAUUCCGUGUCCUGUGAGGUGACAAAAGCAGAAUGUAAUUUGGAGGACACCUGGUGAUUACCUGUAACUCGUUUUGAUGUUGAAACUAAUAAAAAGUUCUUUUUUAAAUUA